GGAAAAAAUCCUUCAACCUCUGUCCUUUCGUUUCCCUAUCAAUUUAUUGACUUGAAAACAAGUAGACAUCUAAGAGGGGACGUAUCCACCGUCGACGUUCACGAAUCCCAGUUGACCAUGUUUGAUUGAAGGACUGAAUUCUAGUGUUCUUAAAUAGCGGUUAGAGCUUCAAAGGAUGAGAACCACGAGCUUAGAGAUUAUAUUCGAUAAGGGGAAAGAGGAGACAAGAUAUUAAAGCUCAAUGGAUGUCUUGUUAUCUUGGAAUGGCACCACAAUAACCAGAGAUUCAUCUGAGAGGAAGAAAAAUGAGAUAUUUUCGAGCUUUCUUUGGUCACUUGCAGGAAUUCCUUUGGUGUUGUUUGGACUGGUUAUGAUAAUGGUGGUCGUGGAUUUUUUGAUGAAGUAUUGGGUGAGACCUCGUGUUAUGAAAUGGAGAAUGGCUAGACAAGGUGUGUUUGGCCCAACUCCAAGUUUUAUGAUGGGAAAUUUGAGAGAAAUGGAAAAGAUGAAGGAUGAAGAAACUUCGAACCACAUGCAAGGCGUUAGACAUGAUAUUGUUUCCAGACUUCUUCCACACUACGUCCGAUGGUCGAAGCUCUAUGGAAAGCGGUUCAUCUUUUGGUGGGGAAUCGAGCCCCGAAUGAGCGUGACAGAGCCCGAUCUAAUCAAGGAAAUUCUAUGUUCCAAACACAGCCUUUACUAUGGUAAGUCUUAUCUGCAGCAGAGAGGAGUGCGGGACUUCAUUGGUAAAGGGCUUGUCAUGGCCAAUGGGGAGUCUUGGGCUCACCAGAGGCGCGUGGUGGCGCCUGCUUUCAGUUUGGAAAAGAUCAAGAGUCAAGUGCAACAUAUGGUUGAUUCGACCUUGGAAAUGAGUGAUAGAUGGAAAGGAAUUGUAGAUGGAGGUGGAGGAUCAGCCGAGGUGGAGGUGAGCAAGGAUUUCAGUUGCCUGGCUGGCGAUAUCAUUGCUCGUUCGAUAUUUGGAAGAAACUUCGAGGAAGGAAGAAAAAUAUUCCAACAGCUAACUUCUCUCCAAAAACUCUCUUCCCAGGCUGGACGAUAUCAAUGGCUGCCAAUCAGCAGGUUCUUACUGGUCUCGGUAAACUCAAAGAUCAGAAAACUCAAGUUUGAGGUCGAAAACUCUCUGCAAGACAUUAUCCAAGCACGAGUGGACGAAUACGAGGAGCAGAAGAAAAGCUAUGGCGACGAUCUUCUUGGGCUAAUGCUCUCCCAAGCCUACGAAGGCAAAAGCAAAAAGUUGAGGAUGCAGCAAGUGAUAGACGAAUGCAAAACCUUCUUCUUCGCAGGCCAUGACACCACAGCCAUGCUCUUAGCCUGGACAAUGAUGUUACUCGCUUCCAAUCCUUCCUGGCAAGAAAAAGCGCGGAACGAGAUCCUCACAGUCUGCGGCACAGACCUCCCAGACAUCGAUUCCCUCGCCAACCUCAAAAUCGUGGGGAUGAUAGUGAAUGAAUCUUUGCGGCUCUACACUCCGGCAUCACUUCUAGCCCGGCAAGCCCAGAGAGAUAUGAAGAUUGGGGGGCUGAGAAUUCCCAAGGGGCUUUCAGUCUGGAUCCCCACUCUCGCCAUUCAUCAUGACAAGGAAAUAUGGGGCACCGAUGCAGACGAAUUCAAACCACAACGUUUUGCAGAAGGGGUGGCGAAGGCUUGUAAGCAUCCAAUGGGCUUUUUGCCCUUCUCCUAUGGCCCUCGCUCCUGCGUGGGGCAAAAUUACACACUUAUGGAAACCAAAUUGGUUCUUGCAUUGAUUCUUACGCGCUUUUCCUUCCGCCUCUCUCCCAACUACAAACAUGCUCCAGUCUUUGUUCUCACUCUCAAGCCCAAGCAUGGCGUUCACCUUAUCCUAGAAAACUAUGGAUUCGCUUCUCCAGGCCCAUUUUGAUCUUAUAAUUCUUCACUGUGUCUAUUACAAAGACCAAGUUUUGUAGCUUUGGUUUGGUUGAUUUUGUUCAUGUUGGUUGUUUUUAUGGCGGUUGAUUUUGUUCAUCGCCUGGGGAGAUUACAGAGAGUUUGAAUUCAUGAGCAAGCAGUUUGAAACCCAGGGCAAACUGUUCUUCUUACCAUCGAUGUUGUUCGUUCUUGUUCUUGUAUGCAAUUGUACUCUUUUGAGAAUUCUGAAUAUUAAACUCAAUACUUUUUAA